AUAAUUUUGUUAUCACUACGAUACCCGAAUAUUUAUGAGAGUAACUGUAUAUAGGUUAUUAGAGGGAAGUUAACUUUUUGACCUUGCGCAUAAAAGCUUUGUAAUGCGAAUAUAUAGCAUGCGAUUAGAUAUACGUAAAUAAUAGGAAAAAAGACAUUUAGAACAAUACAAAUUUAUUAUAGCAGAAGUACAGUAAAUGAAUAACAUCUUUAUAAAAACAAUGUAUAAUGUCGAAUUUAUAAACAUUUCUGAUCAAAACAAGUGUGUUAUUUAAGCAUUUACUGCGACUUAUUUGACCAAGAAAAUCAAGGAACAUUACCGCAUUCUAGUUAAGAUGACAAGGAUUUUUCUAUAUGUUUUUAUCAUUUGUACUUUAAUUUUUGAGGUUACACUUCUGAUGCUUUUUCCUAAUAUUCAAACAAUUGAACAAUUUAUAUCAAAGUAUCGUCAUGGUUCUAAAAAUGAAACAUACAAUCCAUAUAUCGAUCUUAAUACUCCGCAAAUUAUACGAAAAGAAGGUUAUCCUUCCGAGGCACAUGUCAUAUCUACAGAGGAUGGUUAUCUUUUAACGCUUCAUCGAAUUCCGGGAAAAUUCAAAUCACAUCCAGUAUUAGUGCAACACGGUUUAUUAGGGAGUUCUACUGAUUGGGUACUUACUGGUCCAAAAAAGAGUCUUGCUUUUAUAUUAGCCGAUCAUGGAUAUGAUGUAUGGCUUGGUAAUUUUCGUGGUAAUACUUAUUCAAAAGCACAUAAAAGUUUAUCAAUAAAAGAUUUCAGAUUUUGGGAUUUUAGUUGGCAUGAAAUGGGUAUAUAUGAUCUACCAGCGAUGAUAUCAUAUAUUACAAAUCUGAAACAAAGCAAUUUGACAUAUAUUGGUCAUUCUAUGGGGACAACAGCAUUUUAUAUUAUGUCCGCCCUGAUACCAGAUAUUGCUAGCAAGGUUCAAAUAAUGUUUAGUCUUGCCCCAGUUGCUUAUAUGAAACAUAUGAAAAGUCCUCUGCGUUUGCUAGCUCCUUUUGCACAUGAUUUAAAGUUGAUUAUAGAUAUUUUAGGUAACAAUGAAUUUCUUCCACAUAAUGAGUUAAUAGAGUAUUUUGCCAAAUAUGGUUGUGAUAUUAAUAUCUUAGAACAUAAAAUAUGCAGCAAUAUAUUAUUUGCCCUUUUCGGAUUUGAUAAAUCUCAGUUCAAUUAUACAUUAAUACCUGUAAUUUUUGGACAUUUGCCAGCUGGUGCUUCAACUAAAACAAUGGUACAUUAUGCACAAGAAAUACAAUCUGGAAAGUUUCAGCAAUUUGAUUAUGGACCAGAACAAAAUUUAAAAAUUUAUAAUAGCGUAAAACCACCUGAUUAUGAUACAUCUAAAAUUUCAGUGCCUAUAGUAUUAUAUUAUGCCAACAACGAUUGGUGUGCGAGUGUUACAGAUGUUCUUAGAUUGUCAAGAGAAUUAAAAAAUGUUAUCAAUCAAUAUAAAAUACCUUAUAUAAAGUUUAAUCAUCUAGAUUUUUUGUGGGCUAUAGAAGCACCGGAGUUAGUUUAUGAUAAAAUACUAAGUACAAUGAAAGGUAGCAUCGCUAUUAAGAUGAGGAUAAUUUUCGUAUUUUUCUUCACCAUCUGCAUUCUUGUCAAGAUGGUUGCAUGCUUGGAGAAUAUUUCUAUAAAUGAUGAACAAAUGAAGAAAUAUAUGCUCGAUAAUUCUACUGAGUUUAAUAGAAAAUCUAACCCGGAUAUUGAUCUUAGUACAGACAAAUUGAUAAAGAAAUAUGGUUAUCCUUCUGAAAUACACGUUGUAAUAACUGAUGAUGGUUAUUUUUUGACACUUCAUCGAAUUCCAGGAAAAUCCGGAUCACAUCCCAUAUUAAUUCAACACGGCUUAUUAGCGAGUUCUGCUGAUUGGGUGAUUUCUGGUCCAAAAAAGGGUCUUGCCUAUUUAUUAGCUGAUGAAGGAUAUGAUGUAUGGCUUGGUAAUUUUCGCGGUAAUACGUAUUCAAAAGCACAUAAAAGUUUGUCGACGAAAGAUCCGAAAUUUUGGAAUUUUAGUUGGCAUGAAAUGGGUAUAUAUGACCUACCAGCGAUGAUUUCAUAUAUUACAAAUUUGAAACAAAGUAAUUUGACAUACAUUGGUCAUUCUAUGGGAACAACAACAUUUUAUGUAAUGUCAAUUAUGAGACAAGACAUUGCUAAUAAAGUUCAAAUGAUGUUUAGUCUUGCCCCAGUUAUUUACAUGACUCAUAUAAAAAGUCCUAUACGAUUUUUGGCCCCCUUUUCUCGUGAUUUACAGUUUCUCGCACGUGUUUUAGGUCAAAAUGAAUUUCUUCCACAUAAUAAUUUAAUAAAAUUUCUUGCUAAAUAUGGUUGCGAUAUAAAUUCUAUAGAAACUGCAAUAUGUAGUAACAUAAUGUUUUUACUUACUGGAUUUGAUGAACCUCAAAUGAACGCUACGUUAUUACCUGUAAUUUUGGGUCAUGCGCCAGCUGGAUCUUCAACUAAAACAGUUGUACAUUAUUUGCAAGAAGUGAAUUCUGGAAAGUUUCGACAAUUUGAUUACGGCACAUCGGAAAAUUUAAAAAUUUAUAAUAGUAUUGAACCACCUAAUUAUAAUAUAUCUAAAAUUUCAGUACCUAUAGCACUUUAUUACGCUGAAAACGAUUGGUUUGUUAAUAUUAAGGAUCUACUUCAAAUACCAAUGGAAUUAAAAAACAUCGUUGAUAUGUACAAAAUACCAUAUGAAAAGUUUAAUCAUAUCGACUUUAUGUGGGCUAUACAAGCCCCGGAAUUAGUUUAUAGUAGAAUAUUAAGUACAUUAAAAGAUAGAAAAAUAAGAAACAUUAUAGAAAAUAUCGUGGUUAAAAUGAAAAUAAUUUUUUUACACUUUCUCAUUAUUCACAUUUUUGUUAAUUCAAUUGCAUCUAGGAAAAAUAAUUUACUACAAAAUUUUAAUAUAUUUAAGAAGAUUUUAUCUAACGAUAAUUAUGCAACCAAUGGAAAAUAUAAUCCGGACAUUGAUCUCGAUACUGGACCUCUAAUACAAAAAUAUGGUUAUCCUUCCGAGGCACAUUAUAUAUCGACGGAAGACGGUUAUCUUUUGACGCUUCAUCGAAUUCCGGGCAAAUCUAAAUCAUCCCCCGUUUUGUUGCAACAUGGCCUAUUUUGUAGUUCUGCUCAUUGGGUAUUAACCGGUCCAAAAAAUUCUCUUGCUUUUCUAUUAGCUGAUUAUGGGUAUGACGUAUGGCUUGGUAAUUAUCGUGGUAACAUUUAUUCAAAAGCGCAUAAGUAUUUGUCAACAUCAGAUUCCAAAUUUUGGGAAUUUAGUUUUCAUGAACAUGGUAUAUAUGAUAUACCAGCAAUGAUAUCAUAUAUUACAAGUUUAACAAAAAAUAAUAUAACUUAUAUUGGUCAUUCUAUGGGAUCAACAGGAUUCUACAUAAUGUCCACCCUAAGACCAAAUAUUGCUAGUAAAGUUCAGUUAAUGUUUAGUCUUGCUCCAGUUGCUUACAUGAAUCAUUUAAAUAGUCCUAUAAAUGUUAUAACUCCUAUUACAGCUAAGUUGUCGUUGAUGUUAUAUAACUUCAGUAAAGGUGAAGUAUUUCCAGUAAACAAUGCAGUAAUGUUUUUAUUAAGAUAUUUUUGCGAUAGUGGUACCAUGGCACAUAAAAUGUGUACACUGGGAUUAAACAUAAUUAGUGGAUUUGAUAAAUCUCAAUUUAACGAUACAUUAUUACCUAUAAUUUUUGGUCAUACUCCUGCUGGUACGUCAUACAAGGUAAUAAAUCAUUAUAAUCAAGAGAUAUUUUCUGGAAAGUUUCGGCAAUAUGAUUACGGACCGGAGCAAAAUCUAAAAAUCUAUAAUAGCACAGAACCACCUAAUUAUGACACAUCUAAAAUUUCGGUACCUAUAAUAUUAUAUUACGCCGAAAAUGAUUUUUUGUCGGAUGUCACGGAUGUUUUUCGAUUAUCGAAGGAAUUAAAAUAUCUGGUGGAUAAUUAUAAGAUACCAUUUAAAAAAUUUACUCAUUUGGAUUUUCUAUUUGCACCCCAAGCACCACAAUUAUUUCAUAAAAGAUUACUUCAGACUAUGCAAAAGAUGGUAACAUAAAGCUUCAGAUUAAUAUUAAAUUUCUACAGAUUUAAAUAAUUAUAACGUUGUUAUAA